UUCAAUUACCCGCCAAAUAUCAUUACCCAUACUGUCUACUUGCACAUUUUUGAAUUUAAAUUUCAAAAACCAAAAAAAGAUUCCCCUAAGAGGAAAAAAACCGGUUCAAGCAACAAAAGAUGGAAUAGAGAGCUUCAUUUUUUUACUCAGUUCUAUCGACUCUAAUGUCUUUCAAUUUGUUGUCCUCGCCAGCCGGUUGGCCUAUUCAAAGGAUGGGAACUCUCUUCUCUAAGAAAAAUCGAUGCUUAGGCUGCUCAUUGGUCCUUAGUCAAUCCUAAAACUAUUAUAUUUUCGUGCCAGCCAGUAUUUAGGUCAUUCCUUGAGGCAUAAACAUGAACUCACACCUAAAUUUUCAAUUUUUAAAGAUGUUUAAUUGGACAAACACGUUCAUUUUAUAUAUUUUGUUAAUCUUCACAAAACCACUAAAAAGUGAUAGCACAGAAAAUGCAAGCUUGAUAAGUGAACAGAUUGCGCCAGAUUUGCAUCAAGAUAAUGAAAAUGAAGAAACCAGCACAACGACAUCACAGAAUGUCUUCACAUUUGUUAAGCGUUUUCAAAUUGUUUGUUGUAUGGAAGGAAUACCUCAGUUGAGCCAUCCAGAGCUGGUGCGGAACUUCAAAAUAGACAAAGGUUCUUUUAUGCUUCCACAAUCUAUUUUUGGCAUACCUGUUGAACUCUCUUAUGCUUCUCACGUUAUUUGCAGGUGCCCGGAGCUGACGUUAGGUCACGCGCUAGAUCGCUCCUGCCGAAGAUUACCCAACUGCCAAAACAAUGGAUUCCGUUCACUGCUGGAUCCAAGGCGGUGUUUUUGCUUAGAGCCAUUUUUCGGUGAACGCUGUGAAAAGUUUUGUGACCGUGGUCGACGCUUGCAUGGCCCAGAUGGCAUAGAUUAUUGCAGUUGUACCUCUUUUUAUCGAGGAGAGGAAUGUAGAGAAUCUAUUUGUCUUAAUGGUGGACGACCAUUGCUUGAUGGAUGUAUUUGCAAGCCACAUUUCUUUGGGCCUCAUUGUGAAUUCGAUGGGAAUCUUACACAUCGCUUCGCAUUUGAAUCAAAUAUCGGUGACACGGAAACCGGUAAAGCAGCCGGAGCCUCUCCUCGAUUUCGUCAGCAUUUUGAAAAUUUUGAACAUGUUGGUAAAAUAAGCAUUUAA